ACUUCUUUGGAUAUGUCAAACAAAAUUGAACUUGGCCUUAAAUGUCAUUUAAAAGCACCCUAAAAUUUGUCCCGCUCCAGCCCCUGGCUAUCCGAACUCGCCUACAGUGUGGUUGUAAGUGUUCUGUGAUUUGUUGAAAGUGGUGUUUUUUUUUAAAAAUUUUAAAAACUAUUUUUUUAUGGAAAAACAUGAGUUUCGUACCACAGAUUUAUCGAAAGAUUCUGUCCUUACGUCAAAAUCUCCUUAGAAAAGUAUACUCUGUAAAUAAAAAUGUAGACCAAGAUCAAAAUUAUUUAGCAAGACGAAUUUUUCAAAAAAUUGAAAUAAAGGGCCCAAUUACCGUAGCAGAUUAUAUGAAGGAAGUUUUAACUAACCCAGCAGCUGGUUAUUACAUGCACAGGGAUGUAUUUGGCGAGGCAGGAGACUUUAUAACAUCUCCAGAAAUAUCUCAAAUUUUUGGUGAAAUGAUUGCUGUAUGGUUGAUUAAUGAGUGGCAAAAAAUGGGAUCUCCAAAGCCUUUUCAAAUUAUAGAAAUGGGGCCAGGAAGGGGAACAUUGGCCAGUGAUAUCCUUAAAGUAUUUAACCAUUUUAAGCUUAAUCAAACUACAUUGCACCUAGUAGAAGUCAGUCCACAUCUAAGUGAGAUUCAAGCUAAAAGGUUGUGUGGCCAUAGCACUUUUGUAAAAGAACAGGAGACACCUUAUAGACAUGGUACAGCAAAAGAAGGUGUUGAGGUUAAUUGGCAUAAACAGUUAUGUGAUGUACCAAAAGGAUUUUCACUUUUUAUUGCACAUGAAUUUUUUGAUGCAUUGCCUAUUCAUAAAUUUCAGAAAACAAACAUGGGGUAUAAAGAAGUACUGAUUGAUAUUGACAUUGGAACAGAUAUAAGUAACAAGUCUGAGCAUCCCAAAUUAAGGUAUGUGCUUGCUCGUAACCCAACACCUAUACAACAUUCAGUUAUAAAUUCCAAUGAAAAACGAGACCACUUAGAGGUUUCUCCAGAAAGCAUGCUCCUAUACAGGGAUAUUUGUGAAAGAAUAAAGAAUGAUGGUGGUUUGGCUUUGAUUUGUGAUUAUGGCCAUGAUGGUACAGGCACAGAUACAUUUAGAGCAUUCAGGAAGCAUAAGCAAGUUGAUCCAUUGGAAUAUCCAGGGUCCUCCGAUUUGACAGCUGACGUCGAUUUUAAUGCCAUUAAACAAAUGGCAAGCCAAGUUGAAGGCGUCCUUACAUUUGGUCCAAUUACUCAACGGGAAUUCCUCCUUAAAACAGGUCUUGACGUUCGAGUACAAAGAUUGAAACAGACAAUAACAGACCAAAAACAGUUGGACAAUAUUACUGAGUGUUACAAAAGUUUGACUGAUACUGAUAAAAUGGGCGAAAGGUUCAAAUUUUUUGCGCUUAUUCCAGAAACCAUGAAGCCGAUAUUGGAUGUUUAUCCUGUGGUGGGAUUUUCGGAAAAAUAAGUUAUAAAUAUUUUUUACUGCUGUUUGACUGUGAUAAUUUUAAAAUAAGAAUAAAUAAUUUUGUAGAUGACUUGUAACUGUAUUAUUGUAAAUAACAUAUGUUUCCUAUUGUAUUUAUAUUAU